ACCUCUACAGCAUUAUAGAUAUUGCAUACAACCCAGAUGUUCUUCAGAGGGGAGAAGAAGACCCAGAAAAAAUGGAGCACUUGAUCCAUUUGACACUGAAGUUCGUUGAGGAACGAUGCAGCCUCCCUCUCUCUCGUUUGUACACCAUUGAACCAUUCACACUGAAAGGAAGCCUGGAGCUGAUGCGGCAGCGUCUGCGUGGAGGGCAGAGGCCAACUCCACAUCUCAGCCAGAACACAAAGAAGGCACUGACAGUUGAUGAGCUGCUGCAGGCUCUGGAAGCUGAGGACUGCAGCCAUGCUUCUCUGCUGCUGGAGGAAGGAAGUGUGACUGAGUCCAAAGUGCAUCUGAUAGAGGAGAUGAGCAGCACUGACACGCCACAGGAGCCAAGGACCCCUGCCUAUGAAAUGCUCACUGUGAAGGAUGCAAACAAGAAACCACUCAAAAUUGAACUCAAAAUUCAGUUGCCUCAGGUUAGCUCUGUUUCUGAGUGUGAUCUGAGAAUUUCAAAGGAUGACAUAAUCAUUGAAGUCCCUGAAAAAUACAAAUUACAACUAGAUCUGCCAGAACUGGUGGAUGAAGAAACAACUACAGCAGUGUUCAACAAAGGAAAACGGGUACUGUUUGUCACAGCACCAGUUGCCAAGCCAGACCCUGAAGACUGUGUUCUGUCCAGUUCCUGUUCAGAGAUGAUGGAAGAGAAGAAAAGCCCAGAGUGA